ACUCUGUUAGAGACGGCAGUUGUCAUGUCAAUCAUACUGUUUUUGUGCGCGUUAAGCGCCACUGCUGCGGCCACGCCCAUAAGGCGCGCAUUGGUGCAACAGGAUGCGCCGCUGCUGCAGCCGCAUGUGAUAACCAUAGAGCGUUUGGAGCAGCUGCUGCGUCGAGCCGGUGAAAUCUUUGCACCUAUGCACGAGGAUUCACUCUCCUCAGCCAGCGAGCCGGAGCCGCAGUUGGCGCCACAUCAGUAUAUGCUGCCACCCACUGAACAGCCUUAUAAUUUUUAUCUGCCGCUCUUUGACUAUGAAGAUCCCAAGAUGGAUGCCAAGAGUCGACGACUGGCAAAGAUAGCGCCGCCAAAACUUCAGCAGGAGCGCAAUUAUUAUGCCGACAAGCCAAAGAAGACGCCUAAGAAAUUCGAUGCUGCUGCCAAGCAUGUUAACCUUAAAUGGUUAAAUACCUAUGAGCAGGCAGUGGGUGGUCAGGCGCCCAAGGCUAUUUAUUUGGAGCAGGAUGAGCGUAAUCGUAUUAACUUUGACGACUCGUUUUUUGCUGUUGAUAUGCAUGUAAAAUCACCUGAUAAUCAACACCAGGACGAUCAGGCAGAGGACGAUCUAAUGGCGGCGCCUGCUCAUGCCAACACGCGCUGGACGGCUGUUAACUAAUUGUAGUCAGUUAUAAAAAAUGCAAAC